AUGAACAAUAUAUCUAUCAAUGGAGACCCUGCCUAUAUCGAUUACAAAUUCGAUUUGUAUACUGUUCCAGUGAUGACUGCGAUUCUCCCACUGUUUUAUAUCAUUCCAACUAUAUUCGUUUUGGGAAAAAUUAUAAGAGUUUACAUUCAAAGUUUAAUUGGGAAUCGAGAAGAGUCACUCAAUCGAUAUGUAUUUUUCGUGAUUUUUCUGCAGUUGGUUAUGAGUUUCUUCUACAUGUCCACCGACUACACAACCAUUCGUAUUCCGGCAACUGGCAUCAUCACCAAUUGGUGUGCUUCUGUCCAACCCAAUCAUUACAUCAAAACCCUUUUUGUCUUAUCCGGCUACUUCAAUUUCACCGCAAUGCUAUUCCCCUUUCUUCUAUCUAUUCUGAGAUUGAUUCCAGUUUAUUAUCCAAUCAGAACUGAUGAGAUGUGCUCCAAAAUAGUCCGCUUCUCAAUUCCCUUCAUCUUCCUCUUCCCCCUUAUCUUCUGUAUCCCUUUGUUUCCGGCACUCGGAGACUGCCGACAGCUUCUGGGAACAUAUCAGUUUGGUGCAAUCUAUUUUCAUUGGAGAGGUGGCUGGUGGAAUAUGCGUUUGGCCGAACCACUGAUCUUCAAUUCGAUUGUCUGGCUUUCUGGAUGUACGAUAGCCAACGUCCUACUGUACAAGAAACUGGCGAAACUUCGAUUUCAAAGGCAGAGUAUACAAACCAAAAAAGCAGAAAGAUCUCUAACUUUUAUCACGCUCUCUAUGUUUCCGGCAUAUAUGACCAACCUGGCGUUAUUGGUGGUCUUCAUAUUCUCCCCAACGUCUUCUGCUUAUUUACUGGCUCUUCGACCGUAUGGAAGUGACUGUGAUUUUGUGGUUGUCCCCUGGGUUUUCUAUAUGACCCAUCCAAUAUUCAGAGAGAAGAAAAUAGUUCCGAUUAAUGUUGUGAGAGCUCAAGCACAAACUACAGUAUAA